GAGUAGAGGUGGAGACCCGGCGUGAGGAGGGAUCAUGACACACACAUCACAGCCGCCUCCGUGCACCUGACACAGCGCGUGUCUCACACAAAACUCUCCGUGAGCUCCGUGAGCUCGAAACAAGGAUUUUACUGAAACAUUAAAGCGCCAAAUCAAGUCCGCCGUGCGCGCGUGAAGGAAAGUAUACGUGAUGUCGUCAUCCGGCGCGAUCUGCAGAUAAAUGCAGGACUGAACACAUGUGGACUGGAGUGUCACUGUGACUGGUGUCCCUCGGGCACAGCAAGAGCAUCCUGAGGAUGGAGUUAAAGAAUCCCCAUGUGUUUGCUGUGCAGAGAAGCGAACACAGAUCAUUUCUUUCACCUCUGAGGAAUGAAGAGGGUGAGCUGAAGCCUGGGGUCGUGCUGUAGUUCCACUCUUGUCCAGAUGAGGCGCUACAGGGCGGGAGUUUACCCAUUUCUCUUUCCAUCAGUCAUCAGCUCUCUGAACCUGCUUUCACCAAAACAGACCCUCAAUGUCCCCAGCGCUGGAGGAUGCCCGUCCCCUGUGGCCAUCGAGACUCAGAGCAGCAGUUCUGAAGAGUUGGUCCCGAGCCCCCCGUCUCCUCUUCCUCCUCCACGAGUCUAUAAACCCUGCUUCGUCUGUCAGGACAAGUCCUCGGGGUAUCACUAUGGUGUCAGCGCUUGUGAAGGCUGUAAGGGGUUCUUCCGCAGAAGCAUCCAGAAGAACAUGGUGUACACAUGUCACAGAGACAAGAACUGCAUUAUCAACAAGGUGACGAGGAACCGCUGUCAAUACUGUCGCCUGCAGAGGUGCUUUACUGUGGGAAUGUCCAAAGAGUCGGUCCGCAAUGACCGAAAUAAGAAAAAGAAGGAGAUUCCUAAGCAGCACUUGUGUGAGAGCUAUGAACUGACGGCAGAGCUGGAGAUGAUCAUUGAGAAGAUACGGAAAGCUCAUCAGGAGACGUUUCCUUCUCUCUGCCAACUGGGAAAAUAUACCACCAACUCCAGUGCGGAUCAUCGUGUGCGGUUGGAUUUGGGUCUCUGGGAUAAAUUCAGUGAAUUAGCCACUAAGUGCAUUAUUAAGAUCGUGGAGUUUGCCAAACGUGUUCCUGGUUUUACUGGACUCACUAUCACCGAUCAGAUCACACUUCUCAAAGCCGCCUGCCUCGACAUACUGAUCUUGCGUAUCUGCACACGUUAUACACCGGAUCAGGACACAAUGACUUUCUCUGACGGCCUGACGCUAAACCGCACACAGAUGCACAACGCCGGCUUCGGGCCGCUCACAGAUCUGGUGUUCACUUUCGCCAACCAACUGCUGCCCAUCGAGAUGGACGACACGGAGACGGGACUGCUGUCUGCCAUCUGCCUCAUCUCGGGAGACCGUCAGGAUUUGGAGGAGCCAUCUAAAGUGGAUGAGCUUCAGGAACCUCUACUAGAGGCGCUGAAGAUCUACGUGAGGAAACGCAGACCCAGUAAACCCCACAUGUUCCCCAAAACUCUGAUGAAGAUCACAGAUCUGCGCAGUAUCAGUGCUAAAGGUGCGGAGCGAGUGAUCUCUUUAAAGAUGGAGAUUCCAGGAUCAAUGCCUCCUCUUAUCCAGGAGAUGCUAGAGAACUCUGAGGGUCAGGAUGGACAGAACUCCGCAGAGAGGAGCAACACGGGGAAGAACAGCAGCCCCAAGCCCUCCGCCCCCUCCCCAGAGCCCACCGACAGCUCUGGAGCUGUAUCCUCCAGUGAGGAACCCUAGAACCACGGGCAUGUGGAACCUCAGACUGUCAGAAAAUCCUUUGCACAGUACAGGUGAACUGAAGGUGGACCUCUAAGUCUCCACUGUGUUUGAAACUUUAACCUGCUUUGAGAACAGAUAAUGGCCUAAAGGUGUAAAACAUCACAAACACGACUGAAGAAUCAAAUUCUACUGCUAUCAACGGUUGUGACAGAUGUGAAGCUCCUCAGGUCUACUGUAUGGAUUUCUUCAUGUGCAUGAUAAGCUCUUACUUUGAAUAAGUGAUUCGCACUCUUUCUCUCAUUCUAGCUGUUGCAUAUAUUGUACAUAUCAUCAUAUGGUCAUAUCUCUGUUUCUAUGACAUAUUUAGAGGCGCUUUUUUACAUUGUCUUUAUAAUCGGUCGAUGCGAUACGUCCCGUUUAAAACGGAACUCGACUCCAUGAUACACUUACAGUAUAUAAUUGCACCUAUUUAGAAUGUUCUUGCGUAUAGACAUUAUGGAAGUCUAAUAUUUGACAUUUGUUUGUAUAUUUAACGCUGUUUCGUUUUCUACAUAUAGUGUCAGACUGCUGGGAUUGCACUCGUAAAUUUAUAAUCUGUGGUUUUAGGCCGUCAUAUGGAGGAGCCGACGGGUCGUGUCAUGAUGAACUCUUUCUGCUGCUUUGUUUCACUGCAACAAGUGGAAACAUUUCAUGAGUGUUACUGGAAGAAUGAGGUAAUACAGUUGUGUGUAAACCCAAACCCUUAUGACUUUCUUUCUUCAGAGGAACGCAAGAGAUGUUUUUAAAAACAUGCAGUGGAGACUGGAACUGUCCGCUCUCAAUAAGAGCAAAAAGCAUCGUGUGUGAUGACACAUAAGUGGUCUGUUCCUCACACAGAGCUCUCACCAGGUCUUUUAAAUGGACAGUUCAGUUCCCUUUGGUUGUGUCAAGAGUAUAAAACAGCAUCUCUUGUGUUCCGUACAAGACUGUCAUGAUAUACUGGAUCAACACCAAUUGGCCAAAAACAUCUGCUUUCUAUUCAGUGAUGAUCUGGGUGACUUGUUUUGGCCAUGAUAAUGGUGAGGUUAGAAUCUGAUACUGUGACAGGCCUAAUUCUACAUGAUAAAGAGAAAGAACAUGUGUGAGAGAUUCUCUUCAAAAGAGAAGUGUAUCUAUACACUGUUUGUGUUGUUCAGUGGGUUUUUUUGGAAGGUCUCAUUGGUCUGGUUGACACUAAAUGCACAUGGAGUUGACCAGAAUCACAGAUAAUCUUUAUUUGCAGUAAAUCUACGGGACAUUGCAAUCCUCUGCAGCACGGCUGACAGACUCAUACAGCGAGCAGAUUGUGUUUUUUAUUUCAAGUGAAUUAUCUUGACAGGGUGACGUGACGGCCUUCAGCUCGGAUCAGUGAGUUCUUCAUCACGAGAGCUUUAUAUCAACUGAUCACGACGUUGUUAAAUACCUCUUAUUAAAAUACAAGAGUCUCUGAGUUUCUUUUUUUGGCUGAUUUGUGAUAAAAUUCAGUUUAACACAAAGGCUUCGAAUGUUUUUCUGCGUCAAAAAAUCUUUGGUUCAUAAUCUUGCAUUGCACUUGAACUGAACUCUUGAGAAAACUGUCAUACUACGUGACGUGAUUUAGGGUCCAUAUUUUACUUUUCUUUCGCCUUCUAAGGGUGAUCAUGUUUCUGUCUGUGAACUGUCUGUGUCAUCGUUCACAGUUCACCCGAAAUAAAAAAUCCCCAUGUGUCAUUUUUACUUAAACCUGUAUGACUGAUGUUCUGUGUUUGCAUAAGAUGAAAGGGACUUGGAUGUCCAACUGCAGCAUAAACAUUCCACUUUUGUACUCCAUACAUGGGUUUUCAAUUGAAAUGUUCUUGAAACAAACAUUGACUUUGACAUUAACAGACUUUAGAAGUGAGAAGAUCAGUUCUCAUCUCAUGAAUGUGAAUAAGAUGUAAUGCAGUAGUUUCUUUUCUUACCUCAUGUCAUGUUUUUUCUCAGUGUUUUGUGUUGAAGCUGCAGUGAAUUGAAACCACUCACGAAUGUCUUUUGAACAUUGACCCACAGUUUCCUUAAGCAUUUACAAUCCUCACGUCAUUACGCUGUGAGCUAUCAAUGUUGAAAGGUUUAGUUCACAUUGUAAUAAUAUUCUGUCAUCAUUUCUUUACCCGCUACAAACAAGAAAGACUUAUUUCCGUCAAGCACAAAAGGAGAAUUGUUGAAUAUUUGUCGUGGAAACGAUUGUCCAGGACAUCUUUUAAAGUCUCUGUUUGUGUUUCAUGGAAGAACAGUUAGAACAUGACAGAUCAUCAUUUAUGGGUGGAUUAUUAUUUCAUUAUUUAGGUUAAAUAUCCACAUCAUGUUAACUUUACAUCACCAGAGACUUUCAGAAUCCGAGGUUGAAAUCCUCUUGUAUUGUGUUGAAUGUGAUCUGAGUUUUUACUAAUGAUAAUAUCAUGUUGUCACACUGUCUGCUGAUCUCAAACGGACAUGAUGAAACAGCCCUUUAGAUUUCUUUUCUCAUUUCAAGAACCAUUUGAACUGGAAGCUUGUAAGGAAAUGCAUUGACCUUUUUUACUGAAAGAAUCCUUCACGCUGUUUUAUAAUUGUGUCAUGCUCUUCAGCAUGAGAUUUGCUUGUGUAAUGAACUUACGGACCCGAGGGGCUUGGACAAUGACAAUUCAAGAGCAUUCUGUCCCUCGUCAUCCAAGUUUGUGUCUGUUGAGAACAGAUCUGUUUGUGCGGCUCCUGUUUCACAUCAGUCUUGUUUGUAUAUACCGAUGCUUUUGUUCAUCUCAUUAUCAUCAAACCUUCUGGCAAAACAAUAAAUUGUAUUUAUUUUAAAAUA